GGGCCCCUCAACCGGGAAGGUUCGGGCGGGGACGGGGGCGGCGGCCCAGCGGGAUCGGGAGCGUAGGACAGGUGCCUGGGUGCCCCCCGUGGCCGGGCCGAGCGCUGUCGCGCGCGGCUCGUCAAUCACUGCGCGUUGCCACGGCGACAGAAUCUGGAGUCCCCGCCCCCAGUUGCCAUGGCGGCACCCGGGCCUGCCCCGGCUCCCUAAAGCAGAAGGUGCCCGCCCAGGCUUCUGGUAAAUGUAGUUCAGGGAGCUCCGCAGCGCCGGCCCGAUUACGGAGGCCCAGCUGUCUCCUGGGGUUUCAGGUUGACUUGGAACCUUGAGGAGCGAAGGGGGAGACGCUGGCCUCAGGGCCCCAGCCUGGUCUUUCCAAUGAGGCCCACAGCUCUGGGCUCCCCGGGCCACGCACCCCCAGAAGAUGAGGGGCCCAUCACGGUGAAGCUGGAGGAGUCUGAGGAGGAGGGUGAAGCCGCCCCAUGGGAUCCCGGCCCAGAGGCUGCACGCCAGCGUUUCCGGCACUUCCGCUAUGAGGAGGCAGUGGGUCCCCGCGAGGCGCUGGCCCGGCUCCGGGAGCUGUGCCGCCAGUGGCUGCGGCCCGAGGCGCACUCCAAGGAGCAGAUGCUGGAGCUGCUGGUGCUGGAGCAGUUCCUGGGCGCGCUGCCCCCCGAGAUCCAGGCCCGCGUGCGGGGACAGCAGCCAGGCAGCCCUGAGGAGGCCGCUGCCCUGGUCGAGGGCCUGCGCCGGGAGCCAGGAGGGCCCCGGAGAUGGGUCACAGUCCAGGUGCAAGGCCAGGAGGUGCUAUCAGAGAAGAUGGAGCCCUCCGACUUCCAGCCCCUCCCUCAAAUCACACGUCGGACUCCAGAACCUGGACUUGAGAUGCCCCAUGGGGCCACACAGGAGUCGUCACUGGGCCUAUGGGUGAAAGAGGAGCCUGGGGCUACAGAGGAUCCAGAGCUUCUGGACUCUGGGCCUCUAACCAACCCCCAGGAGGCCACUUCCACUGUCCUACCUGAGGAGGCCCAGGGCUGUGGCGUGGCGCUGGACCAGGCCUCUCCCCACUGUGAGACCGGGCCGGAGGCGUCCUCAUGGACGGAGCACGCUGAGGCCCUGUGGCAGGAGGAAGCUGGGAGCAUCUUCUCCCCGGUUUCAGGUCGCUCUAGUUCGCACCGUUUCCGCAGGGCUGGAGUGGCUCUGGGCACAAGUGGGUUCUCUGUCAUGAAUGAGUGGAUCCCCUUCUGCAAUGCAGGGUUUACACUCCAGAUGGACAGCAUCUCUGCUGGCCCAGACACUGUGAGCCCCCACGUCCACCUCCCCUGGGACCUCGGCGUGGCCAGCCUCACGGGCCGACUCGAGUCACCCUCCCUCGAAGGUGGCUUCUCACACGCGCUGGUGCUCUCCGGCGACCCGGGAGGUGAGCAGGACCCCACGUACGACCCCCGCCAGGGCGUGGGCCCCGGGCUGGCCGCCGCUCGCUGGCGUGCCCCCAGGGGCCGGAGCCGGGGUCGAGGUCGCCCCAGCACAGGCGCCGGAGCCGUGCGAGGUGGCCGCUGCGACGUGUGCGGGAAGGUGUUCAGCCAACGCAGCAACCUGCUGAGGCACCAGAAGAUACACACGGGAGAGCGGCCGUUCGUGUGCGGCGAAUGCGGCCGCAGCUUCAGCCGCAGCUCGCACCUGCUGCGCCAUCAGCUCACGCACACCGAGGAGCGGCCGUUCGUGUGCGGCGACUGCGGCCAAGGGUUCGUACGCAGCGCGCGCCUGGAGGAGCACCGGCGCGUGCACACGGGCGAGCAGCCCUUCCGCUGCGCCGAGUGCGGCCAGAGCUUCCGGCAGCGCUCCAACCUGCUGCAGCACCAGCGCAUCCACGGCGACCCCCCGGGCCCCGGCGCGGCACCCCCCGCGCCUCCUGGCGCGCCGGAGCCCCCAGGUCCCUUCCCGUGCAGCGAGUGCCGCGAGAGCUUCGCACGGCGCGCCGUGCUGCUGGAGCACCAGGCGGUGCACACAGGCGACAAGUCUUUCGGCUGCGUGGAGUGCGGCGAGCGCUUCGGCCGCCGUUCGGUGUUGCUGCAGCACCGGCGCGUGCACAGCGGCGAGCGGCCCUUCGCCUGCGCUGAGUGCGGCCAGAGCUUCCGGCAGCGCUCCAACCUCACGCAGCACCGGCGCAUCCACACGGGCGAGCGGCCCUUCGCCUGCGGGGAGUGCGGCAAGGCCUUCCGCCAGCGGCCCACGCUCACGCAGCACCUGCGCGUGCACACGGGGGAAAAGCCCUUCGCCUGCCCUGAGUGCGGCCAGCGCUUCAGCCAGCGUCUGAAGCUCACUCGCCAUCAGCGGACGCACACCGGCGAGAAGCCCUACCACUGCAGCGAGUGUGGCCUGGGCUUCACGCAAGUCUCGCGGCUCACCGAGCACCAGCGCAUCCACACAGGUGAGCGACCCUUCGCCUGCCCGGAGUGCGGCCAGAGCUUCCGGCAGCACGCCAACCUCACGCAGCACCGGCGCAUCCACACGGGCGAGCGGCCGUACGCAUGCCCCGAGUGCGGCAAAGCCUUCCGCCAGCGGCCCACGCUCACGCAGCAUCUGCGCACCCACCGGCGCGAGAAGCCCUUCGCCUGCCAGGACUGCGGCCGCUGCUUCCACCAGAGCACCAAGCUCAUCCAGCAUCAGCGCGUCCACAGUGCCGAGUAGCCAGCGCGCGCUGCACCCCCUCUCCGCCCUCACCUCGUUCCUCCGUGCAGGGGGGCGGGGGGGACUGCAGAACACCUACCUCGCGGGGAUGCUGUGAGGCCUGUGGUCACGUGGGUACAAGCCAGCCCUCUUAGGGCCCGGUGCCCAGUAGGUGCUCAAUAAACAGUACACGGAACCUG